GAUAUGACUCACGCCCAUACAAUAGAACCAGAAUACAGCGACCACUGCGGAUUGUCGCGGUUAGCAGGUAGUUGCCUGAGAUUCGUCACUAGACGUGUAUCGUCGUCACAGCCAGGCAUAUUGCUCGACCAUCGAGCGGCGUCUACAAAUAGUGAAGUUCAGUUAGAAGAACAGCAUCAAAAUGUCACAUCUCAAGGAAGCAUUGCUGCUGAUUUGCCUUUUUACGGGAUACGUUCAUGGAUUAGAUUGUAACUUUGAAAUUUUGGAAAGGAACAUUUUCGACCACUGGGUUACUACAUGCCCAAGACUACUUGAUCCAGAGGAAAACAGUUAUUGCUGCGUCGAUGUGGAGAAUAAAAAGUCUUAUUGCUGCACUUUGUUGGAAUUUGCAAAGACAACUGGUAAUAGGCUGCAUAUCUUGCUUCUGCUGUGGCUGCUGUCCCUGGUAUCGCCGUCCUCAAGGUACCUAUGGAAGACCAGGCUUCGCAUAAUACCGUUCCAACACAACGUUUCUUCCACGAAGAGCAUUUACAUUCAGACACCUGUGCAAGUAAUUCAGUCCCCGGCAAAUGUUCCACCAAGCUACUAUACUAGCCAACCUACUCAAAAUAUUCCGCCAAGCUAUACCAGCCAACCUACUCAAAAUAUUCCAACAAACUAUACUAGCCAACCUACUCAAAACUAUGUUCCACCAUAUCCAACGGAUUUGACAGCAAUGCCGCAACCCCCACCAUACACCGACGAGGCAUACGCUAAACAGGCUCCAUACAAUCCUGCUUAUCUAUCAUCACAUCUACAGUGAUCUUUCAAGUUAUAGUUAUGAUAACUAAUGAUUAAUGAUGGAGGAUUUGUGAUUCCUUUCUACCGUUCGAGCGAUUCUCGUCGUCAGUCUCGAAUUUGCGAACACCAGUACAGAAAAAAAACAUUCAUUGGUAUUAUCGCAUCACAAUUGCGAUUUGUGUUUGUGCAUACGUGCAUGGACAAUUUAUUCGACCAUAAAUAUUUGCACAAACUUUUUACUGUUUACAAAAAAUGCAUUUUUCUUCCUCGAUAUCUUACUAGAAAAAUGCUAAAUACUUUUAUUAUACUUUUACAUAUAUUUGUUAGACAUAUACGUAAUUCUCAGACUAUGAUUUAUAUAAAUCUG